AGCUAGAAGUACGGCCAUCCUGGUACUAAUUUUUUUCCGAAGAUUAUAUAUGGUAGCCAUAAAAUGUUGCGCGCACGAGAGCUCAGAGCUCGUCUUUUUUCCUUUCCAGUCCUAGGUAGCGCACCGCAACUUAUUGGGAGGAUUUAGCACUCUCGUAUAUUGUCACUUUUACGCUUCGUAGUAUUUGCACAGCGCUUCUUCGAUAGAACAACAAAGAAUGCCGGGUAACGCAAACAGUGGAGCAAGGAAGAAAGAAAAUCCAACUUUGUCCACCCAGCGUUGGCAAAAAUGGAAACAGGAAGACGAAGAAAAAGUAUGGCAUUCUCGCACUUUACGCUGACCAUUGUUACGCGAUUUGUCAUGCCGAAUAACGGGCACCCUGUACGCGAUCCAGUAGCUUCUACUUGGUGCGCUAGAUCGUUUUUUUUGAAUCAGUGCCAAAUCUGUAAUGCACGAGGCGCAAGACCAUGACCAGGACCCCACACCCUUCCCGUUUUUGAAUUGCAUUUCAGUACAAAAUUAUGCAAGAGCAACCAGUGUAGGUGUAGUGUGGGAGAAUGUCAUAAAAAAAAGCAGAGAAAUAUGGGAGUGUCAGGAUUGAACUCGACAAAGUUGAAAUAACUUGCAACGCCUAAAAUCAAUACCAGUCGGAAGCUCAAUUUUUCAGCCGCGCAUGACAAAUUUGAGCAGCGUAUAAAUCCAGCUUGUCAUGCUAUUUCGGGACAGAAUCAGAAGGCGUCUUUUAUCAUGCUCCCAAACAGGCUGACAGUCGGCCUCACUUGCCAUCCCUGUAAGGGAGGCAUUUCAUGCCUUGCAAUUUAUGCAUGACAAAUUAUUUCAACUUUGUCGAUUUCGGUCCUGACGCUUCAAUCAGCAACAGUGGCAGGAGGACGAGCGAGCGUCCGAACAGACGAUCAUCGGACUCAUGCGGAUUUUUGUUGGUUUUUAUCAAUUCCUAUGCAACAAGAAAAAAACUGUGUAGAAGGUUUACCCUUGUGUUGCGCUGACGAUACAAACUAGUAUACGCUUGUCAUGCUUGUUGACAUGGAUGAUACCUAGCAUCACGCAUGCUUUUACUUUUACGCGCUACUUACGCAUGAGAAGAUUCUGUUGGCAUCCAUGCCUGGUUGUCUGGCGGAGAAGCAUGACAACAAAAAUUGUGAAGAUUUCUGAGACAGAUAAUUGCCCAUGCUGUGUUCUGCUCAAAGAGUUACGCCAACACAAUUUUUUUCUUCAAUAAUUGCGAAAGCUCCAAACCUAGCAUUGGUACUCGGCGCUCCACCAGCCGUGGUCAGCAUCACGGAAGCGGGUGCAGCCUCGUCAGCCUGAAGAAGCCACGCUCUGUAUUACAUCUCCUAGACACCGUCUUGAUGGUGAAUUUGAUAUGCCCCUGCACAUUUCUCCAACAAACUCAAACAGAAGAUUUCCUCGCUCCUAGAGAAAAAUUCUGGGUCACGACCUUUGCAUAAUGAAUGUACAUCUCCCGACUUGCUAGGCAUGUUUUGUCAUUUGUGUAUUGAUAAGAACCUCGUCUGUUUCAUUCUUUUUCUGGGAGUCUCGGUCCUGCUUUACAACCUGCUGUACAACGACAACAAGGGGUAUCACAUACAAACAUGUCUGUGCUCUCUGGAGCAAAGCAAACUUGCAAAUGGUACGCUGACAGGACAGAAACAUUUUUCAUGUGUCUGCGAAAACCUACAGGAACUUGUUCUGUCUUUUACCCAAGAAGGCUUUCCUUUCAAAAUUGUCAUGCUUAAUACAGUCAGUCCGAUACUACCAUUGUGGUAUCACGUUUCUGCGGAUCCAGACAUCUUCGCAAUGCAUAAUGACGAUGAAGUGGCCGAGGAGUGGGUAUGACGGCGUCAACGUACCCAACAAGCAUCGCACCCAAGGGGAUAAAAUUUUUUUUUUUCACAGUAAACGAAUUAGAUAUAGUUAAUUUCGCUACUUAAAGUGCAUUAGUUUAUUUCAUGUGAAUUAGCUAUGUAAAAAAGACGGCUUUUACGGGUUGCCGGGUGCUAGAUCGCCGAUAUCCAGCUCGACGGAUUCACCGCGGAACCCUAGCAAAAAAACGAGGAAGUGCCCCAUGGCGUGGCGUCUGUCUACUGCCCGCGCUUUCCAUUGUGCGUGGCCUGUGGGAGGUUUGGCGCAGCUAGCCGCAUCCAGGGGAUAGCUGACGGCAAGCCGGCACGGUAAACACGCAAAGCCGCGCGCCCUGCUUAUGAGAAAAGGCUGAGCAGCGUGCCAUCGGUUGCCAGGGGGGGUUUCGCCAAAAAGCACCCGCAAGCCAAGUGCAACAUGGUCCGCAGGCCGCGGCCUGCAGGGCCGCAGGCGCGAGGCGGGGGCGCGAGGGGGGUCCGCGGAAGGGGGUCCACGCAGGGCCUCCCGUAGGGCAUAUUUUUUCCCCUAGCCCCGAUGCUGUGGUCGUUUUGUCCCUUGUCAAAAAGGGAGCAUCUCGGAGGGGCAUCGCGGACGGGGAUCCCGCACUCUCGUGUUGUCCUGUGUGAGGUUAAUCUGCCCAGGUAGGAACACAACGAAGCCGGGGCAAUUUGGAUAGCCUCACAAAAUGGCUCCCAAGCUCGGCGGAAAGUGGCAGCAAGGCGCAAACAAAACACAGAAAACGGCGGCAAGGUGCGACACGGCCGUCGCAACUACGUCGUCCUGCUGCCUCGCCACAGGAAGCUGGCCGCCGAUCCUCUGCCCCGUGCGCCGCUUCGUGCACUAUCUGCGCCACGCCUUCGUGUGCAGUAUCCCGGCGCCCCUGCGUGGAGACAACCGAGGCGAAUCCGUGGAGCUGGAUAUCGGCGAUCUGGCACCCGGCAACCCUUCGAAAACGUCUUGUCUAGCUACUUAAUCAUCUACCCAUUUCAAUUAAGUACUUGAUAUAGGUAUUUUACCGGCCAGUCCGGCACUAGUUGAAACUUUUUUUUUGAUCCUUUAUGGGUGAGUUGCCUCUUGGGUACGUUGACGCCGUCAUAGUGGGACGACGCUGGUUAUAAAGCCAACCGAGCGAAGUCAUACCAGGAGUUGAUGGCAACAAUAGACCGCUAAACAGUCGUCGUGAGUUUUACUUUUACUUUGUCGUGGUUUUUUCACUUUUUUUCGCGUAAUUCUUUUCAGGAAACUUUUCUUCUCAUUGUCAUUUACGAAGAUCUGACACAGCUGAGCUUCGUCUACACGUUCCUUUUCUUCACAUAUCUUUCAUUCCCGUGGGCGUCAUAUUCCGGCACUUCGAGUAAUGAAGAUGUCUUUUCAAAGAACAAUAUAUUGAUAAACAAAAACUACUAAAACACUAUAU